CCGGGCCGGGCGGAGCGGGCGCUGCCAUGGACGCGCUGUGCCGGGCCGAACCCCGGCCCCGCCGACCCGCAGCCGCUUCGCCUCUGCCUUGGUCCCGUUUCUCCGCUUGGUUGGAUUGUGUCUGCGUGGUCACUUUCGAUCUGGAGCUGGGCCAGGCCAUGGAGUUGGUGUAUCCUUAUGACUUCAGAUUAACAGAGAAAGAGAAGACCAGUAUCUGCUACUUGUCCUUCCCUGACUCCUACUCAGGUGGCCUGGGGGACACUCAGUUCAGCUUCCGCCUGCGCCAGUCUGGGGGGCAGAGGACCACUCACUACGAGGAUGAUGGCGAGUACAACAGAGAAGCACCCCUCACACUGCAGAGGGAGUCGGCGCAUUACUUUGGUUACGUAUACUUCAGGCAAGUCAAGGACAGCUCGAUGAAGAGAGGUUAUUUUCAGAAGUCUCUGGUGCUGGUGUCACGCCUUCCAUAUGUGAACUUGUUCCAGUCGUUGCUGCAGCUGAUUGCUCCGGAAUACUUUGAUAAAUUGGAGCCAUGCCUGGAGGCAGUGUGCAAUGAGAUCGACCAGUGGCCACCUCCAGUGCCAGGACAGACACUGAACCUCCCAGUGAUGGGGAUUGUCAUUCAGGUGAGAAUCCCAUCCAGGGUGGAUAAACCAGGAUCAAGCCCAGUGAAGCAGUUCAAUCAAGAGAAUCUCUUACCAGCCCCACUGGUUCUCCCAAGUAUUCAUGAACUGGAUCUCUUCAGGUGUUUCCAGCCAGUGCUAAUUCACGUCCAGAUGUUAUGGGAGCUGAUGCUACUGGGAGAGCCCAUUGUUGUGAUGGCACCAUCCCCUACAGUUUCUUCUGAAAUGGUUCUGGCUCUCACCAGCUGCCUUGCUCCCCUGAGGUACUGCUGCGACUACCGUCCCUACUUCACUAUCCAUGACAGUGAAUUUAAAGAAUAUACCACCAGGACACAAGCUCCGCCAAACAUUGUUGUGGGAGUCACGAACCCUUUCUUUAUCAAAACACUCCAGCACUGGCCACACAUCCUUCGGGUUGGGGAGCUCAAAAUGUCAGGUGACCUGCCCAAGCAAGUCAAGGUGAAGAAGUUAACUAAACUAAAAACUCUAGACACAAAACCAGGAAUCUACACUUCUUACAAAACGUUUCUUCACAAAGACAAAACUCUGAUAAAAAGAUUGUUAAAGGGCAUCCAGCGGAAACGCCCAUCUGAAGUCCAGAGCGCCCUUUUGAGGAGGCACCUCCUGGAGCUCACCCAGAGCUUCAUUAUUCCCCUGGAGCACUAUAUUGCAAGUCUGAUGCCUCUGCAGAGGGCCAUUACUCCAUGGAAAAAUCCCCCACAGAUUCGUCCUUUCCGACAAGAUGAUUUCAUGAAGACCCUGGAGCACGCUGGUCCCCAACUUACCUGUGUCCUUAAGGGUGACUGGUUGGGUCUCUACAGGCGUUUCUUCAGGUCUCCCAACUUUGAUGGCUGGUACCGUCAGAGGCACAAGGAAAUGACCCAGAAGCUGGAAGCCCUUCACUUGGAGGCCAUUUGUGAAGCGGCCCUUCCCAAGCCAACAGAGUCCCAGACUGGAAACGUCAUCUGUUGCUGGCUCCCUUAAAUGCCUAUUGAAAAUAGGCCUGACUCUGGCAAAUAGAUGUAAGUUCUGAGCACAGCACGAGAUGCAGAGUGCUGACUGGAGGAGGGGAACCCUGCACCAUCUGCGUAUUGCUGCAUCUUUCCUUGAUUCUUCUCUUGCAGGCAAGAGCUUGAUGCUGUCGUGGGCAGAAAAGUGGGGAGAGCUCUGUCUUGCUCAUUUAGGCUUAAGUGCUGUGAGCAGAGUUAUGAAAGAGGAUGAGAAACCUCCUCCUCGCUUUUAUUUCAGGCUUUGCUUAGGGGUGUCUCUGAGAAAAGUUUCUGUAAAGAAGAAAUGACUCUGAAGGAAACUGUUCUUCU